UAAAAAUUAUUCAAACGACGACGUUUUCUUGUCUUUUUUUGACCUUAGCAACUGUGAAAGAAAAAUAGAGAAGAGAAGCCGGAAACAGACAAUGGAGGACGAGCUUUACGGCGAUAUUCCGUGCUCUUCUUAUGCCGUUGAUUCCAUCCUCCGUGUGGGAACGGCAGGUGCAAUCUGGGGGCUAUGUAUAGGACCUCAUAAUGCUCGAAAAAGAGGACUGACCGGCGCUUCUCAGGCUUCCUUUGUGGCAAAGUCAGUAGGAAAAUUCAGCUUUCAGUGUGGACUUGUUGCUGGAGUUUUUACUUUUACUCAUUGUGGAAUUCGAAGAUAUAGGAGAAAGAACGAUUGGGUGAAUGCUUUAAUUGCUGGUGCUGUGGCAGGGGCAGCUGUCGCAGCUGGGACACGUAAUUGGACACAGGUUGUUGGGAUGGCUGGUCUGGUUUCUGCCUUCAGUGUUGCUGCUGACUAUUCUAAAACAUCUUAAAGUAUCUGUUGCUGAAACUACUAUGGAGAAGCAAGGUGAUCUGCAGUUUUCUGCAUGACAUACUACAGGCAAUAGUCGUCUGUUCAUGCCUUUCUUUUGAUCUUUUCAGGUUACUGAAAUAUUGUCAUCUGAUACUCUGAUGAAAUUUAAAAUAGGCAAAGCUCAUUUCCAAUUUA